AACUUAGCUUCUUUCGGCUUGUUCCUGUGACGUUUGGUGUCCAAGACAGAAGCACCAUGCUGCGCGCCGUGAUCACCAGGACUCUGCCCGGACUGAGCAGCCGCCUCUCGGCUUGUCACUUCUCUGCGGCCGCUAUCCCAACUCCGAGCUCCGAGCCCGAGGUCCAAUUCAACAAGCUGUUCAUCAACAACGAGUGGCAGAAUGCAGUGAGCGGGAAAACUUUCCACACCAUCAACCCAGCGACCGGAGAGGUGAUCUGUGAGGUGGCAGAGGCUGACGAGGCUGAUGUCAACAAGGCGGUGAAAGCAGCACGUGAUGCCUUCAAGCUGGGGUCACCAUGGCGGCGGAUGGACGCCUCACACCGCGGCCUGCUCCUCAGCCGACUCGCCGACGCCAUCGAGAGAGACUCGGCUUACCUCGCCGAGCUGGAGACGCUUGACAACGGGAAGCCGUACGCUGUGUCUUACUGCGUGGAUCUGCCCAAUGUGGUUAAAUGUCUCAGGUACUACGCAGGCUGGGCCGACAAAUGGGAGGGAAAGACCAUCCCCAUCGAUGGAGACUUUUUCUGCUACACGAGACACGAACCCAUCGGAGUCUGCGGACAGAUCAUACCGUGGAACUUCCCUCUGCUGAUGCAGGCGUGGAAGCUCGGCCCGGCCCUCGCCACAGGAAACACGGUGGUGAUGAAAGUGGCAGAGCAGACGCCACUCACAGCGCUCUACGUAGCCAACCUCAUCAAAGAGGUGGGUUUUCCUGAAGGAGUUGUAAACAUCCUUGCGGGCUUGGGACCAUCAGCCGGAGCUGCCAUCGCUCGCCACAUGGACGUCGACAAGGUGGCGUUCACUGGCUCCACAGAGGUGGGUCAUCUGAUCCAGCAGGCCUCGGGAACUAGCAACCUGAAGAAAGUCACGCUGGAGCUCGGAGGGAAGAGUCCGAACAUCAUCCUGUCUGACGCCAACAUGGCGGACGCCGUCGAGCAGUCGCACUUCGCCCUCUUCUUCAAUCAGGGUCAGUGCUGCUGCGCCGGCUCGCGCACCUUCGUCCAGGCCGACAUCUACGACGAGUUUGUGGAGCGGAGCGUCGAGAGAGCGAAGAACAGAGUGGUGGGAAACCCGUUUGACUUAAAGACGGAGCAGGGGCCUCAGGUGGACCAGGAGCAGUUCAACAAGAUCCUGGGUUACAUCAGCAGUGGGAAGAGAGAGGGAGCGAAGCUGAUGUGUGGAGGAGGCGUGGCUGCAGACAGAGGGUACUUCAUCCAGCCCACCGUGUUCGGAGACGUGCAGGACAACAUGACCAUCGCCAGGGAGGAGAUCUUUGGCCCCGUGAUGCAGAUCCUGAAGUUUAAAGAUCUGGAGGAGGUGGUGACGAGAGCCAACGAUUCUAAAUACGGCCUGGCAGCCGGCGUGUUCACUAAAGACAUCGAUAAGGCCAACUACGUGUCCAACGGGCUGCGGGCCGGGACCGUCUGGAUCAACUGUUAUGACGUGUUCGGGGCUCAGGCGCCGUUCGGAGGAUACAAAGCUUCAGGAAACGGCAGAGAGCUCGGAGAGUACGGCCUGGACAACUACACAGAAGUGAAAACGGUGACCAUCAAGGUGCCACAGAAGAACUCGUGAGCCGUCCCCGCUGCUGCAGCACCAGCACGAUGCUUAAUCACAUUGAGCAAUAAAGAACUUUCUUUUGUUACUGUGAAAACCUUUAAUUAAUAAUUAAACCAGAAUAUAAACCUCUGCUCAUGAUUACGCUCCGUUUAUCUUUAAUUCUCGUCCUGAUUUAUGCUCAUUAUAAAAGUCUCUAUCUUUCAUAAUAAAUAUAUUUGAUGCA